UGCACGUCGCUCCACCACAACUGCAACAUGGUCUUUAAGGUCCUCUUGGUCGCAGCCGCCGUGCUCUGCCUCGGCCGGGCGGCCCCGCAGAGGCAACAAGUCCUGGGCGUCCUGCAGCCCCAGGGUUCUCGCGAUCUGGGCGAAUACGAGAACAUCGCCGCAGCCACCAUCGACGUGUUGCCAGAAAUCGUUAAGGUCUUCAGCAAGGUCGCGGAGGCCCGGGGCAAGACUAAUGAACCCCAGACCAUCCAACGCCUCAUGUUGGACUUCAUGCCUGUCACACGGAAGGUCAUAGAGGCCACGGAGAAGGCGGAGGGCAGAAAGAUCCCGAAGGACACGUACCACCGCUUCAACGCCGCCGAGAGGGUCAUGCCGCACGUGGUCACCUUCAUGGAUCAGUUCAUGAACAUGGACUUCUUCGGACUCUCCACCACCACGAGGAGACCCACGCAACGUCUGUAGUGAAGCCAUUCGCUCGCCUUCGAAUAAGCUCAUCGUCCCCUGACUUUCACCUUUUCCUUGUGUUAGAUCCAUAAUUUCUCGUAAAUAAACGGUUUCUCAUCUUAAAGCUGUCAGUCCGAUCUUUACGAAAUUGUACACUAUACAAGUAAAAUAUAUAAACACCAUAAA